GAUAUCAUUCGCACAACACGCCACAACUUGGAUCGGGAUUAAAAUGCUGUUCAAAGUGCUGCUGCUCAAGGUCAUGGACAAAUAGCCGAGGUAAAAGAAAAACAAAAGGUAUCAAAAGUAACGGACGUGGCCAAGCACACAGCCAAGUCAAAGACAUUAAGCCCAUCACCAUUGAAUCGGAAUCCGAAUUCGAAUUUCUGGCCAAGAAUUGCGCAUGCGCAACAUGGACAACGUUGUCGUUGUCAUCGCCAAGUCGUUGACUUUGCAACCGUUUGUUGCUGCGUGCCACGCAUUCGUAAGUAGCUCGAAGACAGCACUGAAAAGUGUAAGUGUUGAGCGAGUUGGCUAUAAAAGCGCAGCGUUGUCUUCACUUUGGCAUCACAAAUCAACUGGCCAUUCACUAGCUGACAACCCAAACCCAAAAACCAAACCCAAAUCAACAUGUUCAACUACUUCGCUGUUUGCUUCUUCGCUGUUGUGGCUGUGGCUGCUGCCAAGCCUGGCAUUGUGGCUCCUUUGGCUUACACCGCACCAGCAGCCGCUGUUGUUGGUAGUGCUGCAUAUGUGGCACCUUAUGCCUCCAGCUAUACCUCUCACCAUAUCGCUCACAGUGCCGCCUUCCCAGCUGCGUACACUGCACCGAUUGCUGCUCCAGUUGCUGCUGCCUACACUGCACCGAUUGCUGCUCCCUUUGCCGCCGCAUACACCGCGCCAUUUGCCGCUCCCUAUGCCGCUCCCUACACCGCUGCCUACACCCGUUAUGCCGCUGCUGCGCCGCUGGCCUACAGCGCUCCGUUUGCUGCCCCUUAUGUGGCACGUCCCUUCGCCGCCGCCGCCCCCCUCCUGCUGAAGAAGUAAGAAGGUUGUGUGUGAAUAAUGCGCCAUGUAUUUAAGCCAUGGGCAUCUAUUUUGCCUUACACAUCCAUUCCAUUUUGUGAUUUUGUU